CUAUAUUUCCUUCGAACUGUGAGAAUAAUGCGAACUCUAAUGGCAGUUGUCAAACAGAAAAAUUUGAAAAAUAAAUAAAUACAAAAUAAAUAAACCCACAUCCCAAAACGAACACUACUACCCCUCUCGUACGCAUAGAAAUUUAGAAAGAGAAAACUAGAGAGAGAGAGAGAGUGUGGUUUCAGAUCUGGGAAAAGUUUUUCGAUCCGAAACGAAUCAAGCAUUUUCUGUUUGGUUCUCGUGAAAAUGGACGAUUUCAUCGAGAACUUGCCGCCCAUGGAUCUGAUGCGCUCCGAGAAGAUGACCUUCGUUCAACUCAUCAUUCCGGUUGAAUCGGCUCAUCGCGCCAUCUCCUAUCUCGGGGAACUUGGCCUUUUACAAUUCCGAGACUUAAACAGUGAUAAAAGCCCUUUCCAAAGGACAUUUGUUAAUCAGGUAAAGAGAUGUGCAGAAAUGUCAAGGAAGCUACGUUUUUUCAAAGAGCAAAUCAGUAAAGCUGGUCUAUUUUCCUCCACACGUCCAGUCACACAACCAGAUCUUGAGUUGGAGGAAUUAGAGGUACAACUUGCUGAACAUGAACAUGAACUGAUUGAAAUGAAUUCAAAUAGUGAUAAACUUCGACAAUCAUAUAAUGAGCUCUUGGAGUUCAAGAUGGUAUUGCAAAAGGCAAGUGGCUUUCUUGUAUCAAGUAAAACACAUGCAGUUUCAGAGGAAAGAGAAUUAGAUGAGAACAUCUAUUCAAAUGAUAGCUAUGUUGAAACAGCAUCAUUGCUUGAACAGGAGAUGAUGCCUGAACGGUCAGGUCAAUCUGGCUUGAGAUUUAUCAGUGGGAUUAUUUGUAAGUCUAAAGGGCUUAGUUUUGAGAGGAUGUUGUUUCGUGCUACAAGGGGAAACAUGCUUUUCAACCAGGCUCCAGCUGAUGAAGAUAUCAUGGAUCCUUUAUCCACUGACAUGGUUGAGAAAAUGGUAUUUGUUGUGUUUUUCUCAGGAGAGCAGGCAAGAACAAAGAUUUUGAAAAUUUGUGAAGCAUUUGGAGCAAGUUGCUAUCCUGUGCCUGAGGAUAUUACUAAGCAGACACAAAUAACUAGAGAAGUAUCAUCACGCCUUGUGGAACUGGAAACAACUUUAGAGGCAGGGAUCCGACACCGAAAUAAGGCCCUUACAUCUAUAAGUUUCCAUUUAACAAAAUGGAUGAGAAUGGUGCGGAGAGAGAAAGCUGUCUAUGAUACAUUAAAUAUGCUAAAUUUUGAUGUUACAAAAAAAUGUCUUGUUGGAGAGGGAUGGUGUCCUAUCUUUGCAAAAACUCAGAUUCAGGAGGCAUUGCGACGUGCAACAUUUGAUAGCAGUUCACAAGUUGGCACAAUAUUUCAUGUGAUGGAUGCUAUAGAAUCACCUCCUACAUAUUUUAGAACCAACAAGUUCACAAAUGCCUUCCAGGAAAUUGUUGAUGCUUAUGGUGUUGCUAAAUAUCAAGAAGCAAAUCCUGCCGUAUACACUGUUAUCACAUUUCCAUUUCUUUUUGCGGUGAUGUUUGGGGAUUGGGGUCAUGGAAUAUGCUUGUUGCUGGGAGCAUUAGUUCUUAUAGCUCGUGAAAGUAAGCUCAGUACACAGAAACUUGGGAGCUUUAUGGAGAUGCUGUUUGGUGGACGAUAUGUACUUCUUUUGAUGUCACUAUUUUCAAUAUACUGUGGGUUGAUUUACAAUGAGUUCUUCUCUGUUCCAUAUCACAUAUUUGGUGGGUCUGCUUACCAAUGUAGAGAUACAAGUUGCAGUGAUGCAAACACUGCUGGCUUGGUCAAAUUCCGGGAACCAUACCCAUUUGGUGUUGACCCUAGUUGGCGUGGAAGUCGUACAGAGCUUCCAUUCUUGAACUCUCUCAAAAUGAAGAUGUCUAUUUUGUUGGGUGUAUCUCAAAUGAACUUGGGAAUCAUUAUAAGCUACUUCAAUGCACACUUUUUUAGCAGCUCUAUCGAUAUAAGGUACCAGUUUGUGCCGCAGUUGAUCUUUCUUAACAGUCUGUUUGGGUAUCUUUCACUUCUUAUUAUCAUCAAGUGGUGCACUGGCUCUCAAGCAGACCUCUAUCAUGUGAUGAUUUACAUGUUUCUUAGUCCUACUGAUGAUCUUGGUGAAAAUCAAUUGUUUUGGGGACAAAGACCACUUCAGAUCAUAUUGUUGCUUCUGGCUUUAAUUGCAGUUCCAUGGAUGCUUUUUCCAAAACCUUUUAUUUUGAAGAAACUUCACACAGAGAGAUUUCAAGGUCGCAUGUAUGGUGUCCUUGGUACCUCAGAGAUGGAUCUUGACGUGGAACCUGAUUCUGCUAGGCAACAUCACGAGGAGUUUAAUUUCAGCGAAGUAUUUGUGCACCAAAUGAUACACUCCAUAGAGUUUGUUCUUGGUGCAGUUUCUAAUACAGCAUCAUAUCUUCGACUUUGGGCUUUAAGCUUAGCACACUCAGAACUUUCAACUGUAUUCUAUGAGAAAGUCCUCCUCCUAGCUUGGGGGUACGACAAUUUUGCUAUUCGGUUAGUUGGGUUAACGGUUUUUGCCUUUGCAACUGCUUUCAUACUACUCAUGAUGGAAACACUAAGCGCUUUUCUUCAUGCCUUGCGUCUACACUGGGUUGAAUUUCAAAACAAGUUUUACCACGGUGAUGGCUACAAGUUUAAACCCUUCUCAUUUUCCUCCUUGACCGAGGAUGAGGAAUAAUAUACCUGUACAUAAUAUUUCUGGGGAGGAAUGGAAGAUAGUUGAGAAAGCUUUAAAUCAUUCAAAGGCGAAAACGAAACUGACAACGACCUGUUUUGGCUGACUUGAAGGAAGCCUGUUUUGCAUUUAACAUACAAUGGUGAUGUCCUGAGGCUCAUAAUUCUUUGGUGUAUUGGUAUAUUAGUGUUUUGGUUCAGUUCCUGGUAAUCUUCCAUGUAGAGGUGUACUUUCUUUUUAUUUUCUUGUCAUUCUUUAUGAAAAAGAUGAAGAGGAAGGGGAAGAUGGCCACUUGUAAAAUGGAGCUGGGAAUCAUUAUGGUACAUAACCGCAGAUCAUUGUGGAGGAUGAAUAUUAUGGCUAUACUUUCACACACAAAACAACAAAAGCACACAAGACUGGAUUUUGUAGGGAUUUGCCUUCCAAAUUAAAAAUUCUCUCUUCAAUGUUCAAUGUAGUAGCUCUAGCAAUUUAUUUAGAAUGUCGCCAUUUUUGUAAGGAUUUAUCAUUGAACGAGUUUUGGAGUUUGAAUAAAAUUUCUUCAAAGAUAUAAUUAGAA